AGGAAGACAAUGUGUUCUAUCUUGCUCGAGGAACUGGUCGUUCUGUGCUCUACGGAAUCCUUCUACAAUCCAACAGCUUCACGGGGAAACAACGUAUUUCGUGGCUCAAGUAACACACAGCGAAAUACGUAGCAAGAUGAGCUCCAAUGCUGAAAGUGCAGAGCAACUCGAAAUGGUGCCCGACGAAGAGGAGUCUUAUGACUGGCAAGCCCUCCGAGAAUACAUCAUGGAAGUUAUGCUGCCCAUCUGCUCGUGCGGCCUGGCCACUGGGAUUGCCCUGGGAGCCGUACUUACGAGCUUGUUCCUGCAAUUUGUGAUCUCACCAAAGACCAUCAGGGACUUCAUUGGACUCAAGCCAACGACAACCACCCCACGGACCUACUUCGCCUACCCUCCUCCCGCGAACGUAUGUUUCACCAGGGGUUGUAGUAUGAUGUCCAAUUUACUGCAGAGCAUGCUGAGUGAGCAUGUAGAACCGUGUGACGACUUCUAUGAGUACGUAUGUGGUCGGUAUGACGUCGCGGGAAGAGGAAUGCUCAGGGCUUUGCAAGCGGAUGUGAACAGGAAGGCGCGGGAAUGGGCGGAGGCCAUGGUGAUACCAAAGACGGGACAAACGCCGGAGCAGAAAGCAGUGGCCAUACUGCGAGCUUGCAAAGCUACGCGUACGAACAAUGUCAACGACCCAACGGACCUUCUAAGUUUUAUAGCGCACCAAAGGAUGUCAUUAAGUGGUGCAGACGCUUCCGAUCCCUUAGGUCGCCUCUUCGAGUUAUCCUUGCACUACGGCUUGCACGUCCUUUUUGAGAUUGCAAUACCAGCUGCGGGGGUUUUAACACCUUCUGGCCAGCGGGAGCUGCAUUUGAAUUACAACGGGCAGUACGAGUCUUGGAUUCGCCGCAGUUCCAAAGUAGAUGUCAACUACUACGACAAACGGCUGACUGUGUUUGGUGUCGAUACUUCACUGCAGCCCUAUAUAACUGGAAGUGAAACCAUCGUUCGCCAGGUUAUGCAGACUGUGGCAACAUCCUUGGCACGGAAGACUAGGGUUCCGAUCACACGCUUAGCGCCUACCUGGCUUGAUGCUAUCAAUAAGUAUGCAUCGCCACACUACACAAAGAACGACUACGUCAGGACAUCAAAUAAAGUGAUAGACCUUGUAGAAGGGGUUUUCAAAGGUGUAUCAAACCAGCGCAUCAAUCUAUUGGCCCUGUGGGAGAUCAUUCGUCAGUUUGGUCCCUAUGUCAACAACGAGCUUCGUGACGACAAGGAUUCAAUCUACUACGCCCGCUGUGAUCAAAUGUUGAGUCAAGUUGCCUCCAUGAGCUUCUUCUACUCACACAGCCUUGUCACUCCUAGCGCCCUUCGAUCUGUGGGAACCCUAGCAUCUGUCAUUCAAAAUGGCCUUUUGGCGUGGAUUUCGACAUCGACACUUGUAGACCAGCAAGCUUCGUUAGAGAACGUGGCGAAGGUGAACUUUGUGCUUGGCUUCCCUGAAGGUCUCCAAACGAAACAGGACUUGGAAACGUUUUGGUCGGUCGUGCCUAAUGUUGGCGAACGUUUUCUGGGCGCAUGGCUCCGUCAGCGCAAAUCUUGGACGAUAUGGAAGCUGAAUCAUCCCGGAACUUUCCUGUUUUUUACGACCGCUAGGGGACUUCCAGUCAAUCGGAAAUCCCGCGUUGUCGGCGUGUCAGCGACGCUGCUUCAUAACAUUUUAUUCCGCGAGGACUUACUGGCUGCAGUAAACUACGCUGGCCUGGGACACCUUAUAGCCACUGCUCUGGUUGAGGGUUUCGUGUCCUUCAAAGGUACGACGACCUGUCAACAGAGAGAUUGGUUGCUGGGACUGCACGUCGCCCACAAAGCCUACCUACAACAUUCAGCGGAGCAGGCAGUACGCUUGCCGGUGUUGAGGCUGUCAUCCCGGAAAUUGUUCUUCGUGUCAGCGUGCCUGAAGACGUGUGCCCCGCGCGGCCUAGACGGCACGGAGAAGAACGCCGUCUGUCAUGACAUCGUCAAGAAUAUGCAGUCUUUCGCCGAAACUUUUGAGUGUGCUGCCGAUAGUAACAUGAAUCCUAGCAAAAAAUGCAGCCUGUCACGGCGACUCAGAUAAUAAGUUCAUUACGUGUGCGUGUUACUCUGCAUCUACAAACGUUUAUUGCAAGUAUGAGACUCGUGAAAGCUCUACUUCCUUAUAUAGUCUUUCAGCCCCCAUGCGACAUAAAAAUUGCGGGUUGCGAAGCAGGGCUGGCUGGUUGACAGUGAUUUCGCAGGGCGUUUGUAUAAAAAUAUUUUUGUUUGCUCAUAUCGUCGCACAAUUGUCGCACGACGAACAGGUACUGGGUACGAGCAGGUGUCGGGACAUGCGAUAUCCUGUGGCAGCGCUUCCCGGCUGACGUACAUUCUGCGAGGAACGCAGCCAGAUGCUGUGUGCAGUGCUCUGCUGUGCUAUGUAAGCAGUGCUUAUUUAUAAUACGCAUUUAAUGCAUUAACACGUGCCAAUAAGCACUUCCAUUUCAAGUAAUCACAAUUCAAGUAUGGACUGCUGUGUGUGGUCACAAGCUGCACUCUGGUAUACUUUGGUAAUACUUUUCUAAUACUCUGGUAAUAGUGACUGCG